AUGGCCGCCACACCUCCCAUUCCUUUCUACCGCCAACUCGUCGAAGACUACCAUAGUCAGUACGAGUCGCUCAUCCAGAAUGGCGAGGCGAAGCCGGUUUUCCUAUGGCAACUGAUUGCCUUUCUCUUGCUUCCUGUCCCGGCGCUCCUGGUUCCGCGGCGCAAGGGCGGCCGCUAUGUGCAGCUUUUCGUACUGGCUUGCAUUUUCGGCACUGUCAUCCACUUUCUGCGCCACCGACGCAUGCUCCUGGGGGGCUACGGGUAUAUGGGCGGCUUGCUACCAGCAUGGUGGCUCAUCUGGUGCGCUGUCUGGCUGGCGUACAGAAACGCCGAGCGCGAAUGUCAACGGAUUGUCAGGACGAGGGUUUCCGCACCCUCGUCGGCAAAAGAAGGUUCCGCCACGCAGAGGGACAGGACGAACGCCACAGAGCACGCGCACCAGCAAAACGUCGAAAAGCUCGCAUGGCAGCCGUAUCCACAGGCACUGUCGCAGCGCCUGAGUUGGGUCCUAAGCUUGUUAUUCGGCAUGCGGGGACCUGAGUGGAACUGGCGCAUCUCGUCGCUUGACCCCUUGCCCUCCUCAGUCCACGCACAGCUGAAAGCCAAAGAUCCGUCCUUCCGUGCGGACGAGAUAACGCAAGCAGGGGAGGAGCAGGCGGAUACUGCUGCCAUUCGGGCCCGUGUGCGCUCCGCCCUGAUGCUCUGCAUCAGAUCCUAUCUUACCCUGGAUCUGAUCAAGCUGCUCAUGAUCCGCGACACGUACUUCAUGUACAACGGGAACAUGGCCCUGGCGCCGCCCUACCCGUUCACCUCCCUCGCCGCCGUCCCCGGCCUGGUCCGGUUCUACCGUCUGGCGGUGACGGGCUUCGGCAUCCACGCCGCGUUGGCCUUCGUGACCUCCUUCAACCCCCUCAUCUUCGGGGGCCUGGCCCUCGCCUUCCCCCCCGCGGCCCGCGCCGUGAACCCCGUGCCCCUCGACGCGGCCUGGCUGUACGGUGACACCUUCGGCCCCUUCCUCCCCUCCAUCCUCGACCACGGCCUCAUCGGCUGCUGGAGCAAAUGGUGGCACCAGCUCUUCCGCGUCGGCUUCACCUCCACGGGCCGCUGGCUCAUCUCCCUCCUCCCCCUCCCCGCACACACCGUUACCCGUCCCGCCGUCCGCCAGCUGAUUUACACCUUCGUCGCCUUCAGCCUCAGCGGCCUCGUGCACUCGUGCGGCAGCUAUGCGCAGAUCCUCGAGACGAGCCCCGCCCGCGGACCGUUCCGCUUCUUCAUCCUCCAGGCCGUGGGAUUCAUCGUGCAGGGCGUCGGCGCGCACGUCCUGGUGGGCGCGAGGAAGCGAACCCUCCUGCCCCGGGGGUUGCGACGUGCCGCGAAUUUGGUCUUCGCGGUCGGGUGGUUGUACCUCACGGCGCCGGUUAUUGCGGAUGAUUUCGCGAGAGGUGGAUUGUGGUUGACGGAGCCGUUGCCUGUGAGUCCGCUGCGCGGGCUGGGGAUUGGGGUGAGAGAGGAAGAUCGGGGGUGGUGGUGUUGGUCUUCCCCCUGGUUUCGGUAUUGGGAUGAUGGGACGUAUUGGGGCCGAGGGGUGCGGGUGGUAUAA